ACAAUCGAUUCGAAAAAGAAGAAGAAGAAGUGCUGCAUGAAAUACAUGUGACUAUUGCGUUGGUUUUAUUUUGAUAAAAAUUCGACUAAAACUUCGUUUUUAAGAUUUUAAUUAUUGAUAUUAAUGAUGUCAUCCGUCACAGAUAAAGGAGACGAUAUGAGUGUACCACUGGAUAAGGAGCAUCCACGCGUCCUCAUCCCUGAGCUGUGCAGAAUCUUCUAUCAGCUGGGAUGGGUGACUGGAACAGGAGGUGGAAUCAGCCUCAGACAAGGGGACCACAUUUACAUCGCUCCGUCUGGAGUUCAGAAGGAAAGGAUACAGCCAGAGGACAUGUUCGUGUGUGACCUCAAAGAACAGGACAUCAGUUCUCCUCCUGCAUGCAAGAAACUAACGAAGAGCCAGUGCACACCGCUGUUCAUGAACGCCUACACCAUAAGGGGAGCCCAAGCUGUCAUUCAUACACACUCGAAGGCUGCAGUCAUGGUCACUUUGCUGUUUCCUGGGAAGGAGUUUCGUAUCACACACCAGGAGAUGAUCAAGGGGAUUCGCCGAGGCAACUCGGGCACAAACUUCAGGUACGACGAGACGCUGGUGGUGCCCAUCAUCGAGAACACCCCCGAGGAGAAGGACCUAAAGGAGCGCAUGGCCAGAGCCAUGGAGGAAUACCCGGAUUCCUGCGCCGUCCUCGUCAGACGGCACGGAGUCUACGUGUGGGGAGAGAGCUGGCAGAAAGCCAAGACCAUGUGCGAAUGUUAUGACUACCUGUUUGACAUCGCGGUACAGAUGAAGCAGUGCGGUUUGGACCCAUCAGCACUUCCCACCGAAGCUAAAGGCAUUAUUUAACGUGACUCAUCGCUGACGUCGGGAUGACGCUCGCUUCUUUCCGGAAAGAGAGAGCAGACAAUGAGACACGAAUCGAAUACCGUUAAUCAGACAGAUUCAACCCCCCCUCCCUCACUGAUCAGAUAUCCCCCGAUACAACGCGCGAUCCUCGGGACGAAUAUUGAACAAUAUACACGAAUAUAAUAUAUAUAUGGAUCUUCAUCAAUAUUACAUGUAAUAAAAAUGUUAUUACAAAA